GCAGCCCGGCCGGGGGCGCUGGGCUCGUCGCGGAGGCCGCGGACGCGAAGGGAGGGCGCUCGGCUGGCACGUCCCCUGGGGACACGCAGCGGCCGGCCCCGCGGCUCCGGUGGGCGCCGUCAGCCCUCCUCCCCCCAUCUUCCCGGGGACCCCAGCCGGGCGCCCGAGCGCAGCGGGGCGCUGCGGCCCGGGGCGAACCAGGCCUGCCGCGCCGCCGGCCGCCAUGGAGCGCAGGCCCGCCGCGCCGGGGCCUCGCCUGUGCGCCUCUCGCGGCGCGGACCCGGCGCCCUCGGCCGCUUGGCUGAACGCGGCCCGGGCCGAGGCGCAGCCCGCUGGGCGCCGCGCUCCCGCUGUGGCUGCCGUGUUGCCGGCGGGGGGCAGUGGGGAGCGGAUGGGCGUCCCCACCCCGAAGCAGUUCUGCCCGGUCCUGGAGAGGCCGCUCAUCAGCUACACGCUGCAGGCCCUGGAGAGAGUAUGUUGGAUAAAGGACAUUGUCGUGGCAGUAACUGGAGAGAAUAUGGAAGCAAUGAAGAGUAUCCUUCAGAAGUACCAGCAUCAACGCAUCUCACUGGUUGAAGCUGGAGUGACCCGCCACAGGUCAAUUUUCAAUGGACUAAAAGCACUAGCAGAGGACCAGCCUGACUCUAAACUCUCUAAGCCUGAAGUUGUGAUAAUCCAUGAUGCUGUGAGACCAUUUGUGGAGGAAGAUGUCCUUCUUAAAGUUGUCUCAGCUGCUAAGGAACAUGGGGCAGCAGGAGCAAUUCGACCUCUUGUAUCUACUGUAAUCAGUCCAUCUGCUGAUGGUUGCUUAGAGCAUUCACUAGAACGUGCCAGACACAGAGCAAGUGAAAUGCCACAGGCUUUUCUAUUUGAUGUGAUCUAUGAAGCAUAUCAGCAGUGUAGUGAUUAUGACUUGGAAUUUGGAACUGAGUGUUUACAGUUGGCUCUAAAAUACGGUCACAUUAAAGCCAAACUUGUGGAAGGAUCACCUGAGCUCUGGAAGGUGACCUACAAACGAGAUCUGUAUGCAGCUGAAUCGAUUAUUAAGGAAAGAGUUUCACAACACAUUUGCGUAGUUAUGGACACAAAAGAAGAUGGGAAUCAUGUAGGUCAUCAUCUUGAAGAAAUACUAAAAAAUGAACUAAAUCCUGUAAUAGUCACCUGGAGUAAACUGAAACCACUGUAUUGUGGAUGUUAUGUAAAUGGGCCAGGAAAUCCAGUAGAUCUUCAUCUGA